AAUCCCAGCCCGCCACUCGGCAAUUGUUGGGUAAAGCUGACAGGCGAGAGACGUACAUGCUGUUUUGUAUCUCUUUGCACAGCACAGCAGAGAGAUACAAAACAGCAUGUCUCCCUAGUAAAACACAGCACACAGUAAAACACACACAGCACACAGUUAACCCUUUGAUCACCCCAGAUGGUAAGCCCUUCCUGCCCAAUGUCAUUAGUAUAGUGUCAGUGCUUUUUAUUAGCACUGAUCACUGCAUUAGUGUUACUGGGGAUGUCAGUGGCAGUUAGUCAGUUCCCCCCCCCCCCCAGUGUCAGAAUGACCUCCGAGGUCCCGCUAUAA